GCUCCGUUUAGCGACACGACAAUCCCGACAACCCAUCUUCCUUCGCUUUUCGAGAUCCCGUUCGAAAAGCGAGCUCAAAGGAAACCACCGCUAAAAUGGCUGACACCGAAUACAACGCCGAGGAGGCUGCCGCGCUUUCGUUCCACAGAGAUCAAGAAGAGAAGACAGUUCCGCAAGUUUUCCUACCGCGGCAUUGACCUCGACCAGCUUCUCGACCUCUCCUCCGAGCAGCUCCGCGAUGUUGUCCACGCUCGUGCCCGCAGACGCUUCAACCGCGGUCUCAAGCGCAAGCCCAUGGGUCUGAUCAAGAAGCUUCGCAAGGCCAAGCAGGAGGCCAAGCCCAACGAGAAGCCCGACCUCGUCAAGACCCACCUCCGUGACAUGAUCGUUGUCCCCGAGAUGAUCGGCUCCGUCAUCGGUAUCUACUCCGGCAAGGAGUUCAACCAGGUUGAGAUCAAGCCUGAGAUGGUUGGCCACUACCUUGCUGAGUUCUCCAUCUCUUACAAGCCCGUCAAGCACGGUCGUCCCGGUAUCGGUGCCACCCACUCUUCCCGUUUCAUUCCCCUCAAGUAAACGACUUCAAACGAUUCCCCUUGGAGUGGCGUGUGGUGGAGAAGG